CUCGUAUUCUGUUGAACUUCUCACAGUGCUCGGUUGCCAGGGCACACCCUUUUCCAUUGCCCAAUGUAGCAUCCUAUCAACCCUAACCCUAUUUUGGAGUUCUCCUGAACGCCCCUAACAUGGCUGGCGAUAUCAGCAUUAAGAUACCCAGCCACAGAGGGUUUCAGCUCCUCGUUUCAGCCACGGCGUCGCAUUCAGGCGUCAUCAGCUGCGGUUUGGCGGUUGCUGCCCCGCAACCGUGCAAGCAGAACCCCACCCACGUCCCGCGACACCGCCAUGAGCUUCAAGGCUCCAUCCAUAGCUCCCAACCUGGAAAGUUGCUGGCACAACCAAAACACACCGCAAAUCUCCCUCCUCAGUAAACUCAACUUCAUAGCCACUCAAUCUGCGAGUAAUUCUCUCCUCUCUCUUUCCAUACCUUGCAUAAUCAGUCGUGAUAUCACCAAAAUGUCUAUCGAGCUCGACAAGAUCUUCGCCGCCUCCCCGGCGACAACCCGCGGCCAGCCAACCCAGCUCUCGGCCGAUCCAAAGGGGGAGCAAAUAGCUUUCGCUUCCGGCAAAUCAAUCUUCCUCCGCUCCCUCACCAACCCCUCCUCCUCCAAGCAAUACACCUCCCACACCACCACCACCACCGUAGCCAAGUUCUCCCCCUCCGGCUUCUACGUCGCCUCGGGCGACAUCUCGGGCAAGAUCCGUGUCUGGGACUCAGUCGAGGCAGUCAACACAAAAGGCGAAUACCCCAUCAUCUCGGGCCGCAUCACCGACAUCGCCUGGGACGGGGACUCGCAGCGCGUCAUCGCCGUCGGUGACGGCCGCGAGAGGUUCGGCCACUGCAUCACUGCCGACAGCGGCAACUCGGUCGGCGAGGUGUCCGGGCACAGCAAGGUCAUCAACGCGGUGGCGAUCCGGCAGCAGCGCCCGCUUCGCGCGGCGACGGUGUCGGACGAUGGGAGCAUGUGCUUCCUGCAUGGCGUGCCGUUCAAGUUCAACAGCAAGGCGACGGGGCUGCACAAGGGGUUUGUUCAGGGGACCGAGUUCAGCCCUGAUGGGUCGUGGUUGGUGACGGUGGGGAGUGAUAAGAGGAUUCAGAUUUAUGACGGCAAGACUGGGGAGCCGCUUAAGGUGGUUGGGGAGGGGAUUCAUGCAGGGAGUAUCUUGGGUGUGAGCUGGAAUAAGGACUCGAAGAGGUUUGUGACGGCGAGCGCGGAUAAGACGGUUAGGGUGUGGGAUGUGCAGUCGGGGGAGAAUAUUGCAACGUGGAAGAUUGGUGAGGAAGGGAGCUCCAACCCUCAAGAUCAGCAGGUUGGUGUUGUUUGGACUCGUGGGCCGCAGGAAAUUAUCGUCAGUUUGAGCUUGAGCGGUGAUUUGAACUAUUUCACCGUUGGCUCUUCUACCCCACAAGCAGUAAUUGAAGGCCACAACAAGAGCGUCACCGCGCUUUCGGUCACCUCAAACAGCAACGGAACCAAGGUCACAACCGGCAGCUUCGACGGCAAGGUGGUCGCCUGGGACAUUGGGACUGGCGUCGGGAAGGCCCCAGAAGGCGAGGCGCACUCCAACCAAGUCGUUCAGUUCGCCUCGGCCGGUGGCAGGGUCUACAGCGUCGGCUGGGACGACACCCUCCGCAUCAUCGACGAGGCUACAAACCUGUUCCUCGCCUCCCCAGUGAAGCUCAGCUCGCAACCCAAGGGCAUCUCGGCGUCUUCGGACGGCACGAUCGCGGUCGCUCUCAACUCCAGCAUCGCCAUCUACGACAGCGACGGCAAACUUCUCGGCGAAACACCCGUAAGCUACACCCCCACCACCAUCGCCAUCAGCGGCUCUUAUGUCGCCGUCGGCGCAGACAACAACACGGUCCAGGUAUACAACCUCGGCAGCGGAGGCAACCUCUCCCCGACCAAGAAACUGACCAACUCCACCGCCGCCAUCUCAACACUGUCAUUCCACCCGGAGGGAGAGCACCUCGCGGCGGGUAACUCGUCUGGCAAGAUUGUCGUAUACACCACCGGCUCGUGGGAGGUGGCCACCGACAGGUGGUCCUCCCACACGGCGAGGGUGUUGAGCAUUGCGUGGAACAAGGCGGGGACGCACGCGGUGUCGGGGGGGUUGGACACGAAUGUUUUUGUCUGGAGUUUGGCGAAGCCGGGGAGCAGAGUCAAGGCUGCGAAUGCGCACAAGGAUGGGGUGUAUGGGGUUGCGUUUGUGGAGGGGGAUAAAAAGGUUGUGAGCUCGGGUGGAGAUGCUGCUGUUAAGGUGUGGAAUGUGAAGAAUUUGCAGUAAGGAGGGAAAAGGAAGGAAUGAAGCGUUUAUGAGUUCAUGUAUGGUAUGGUAUAUUAAUGGUGGUUACCUAGCCGGCGUUACUGCUGUUUUUUAAUGAAGAGUAUAGACUUGUUAAUAGAUGGAGUUUGUGUAGCUCAA